CCUGAAGGAGGAAGUGCAACCAUGGAUCUCGUUGUGGAACGAGCGCUUUAGUGCAGUGGAGUCAAUGAGCUAUCCAGUCAUGAUUUGGGUCGCGUUUUUACCCUUUAUUGUUUCGUGCGCUUUUGGGAACAGGACCACGGAGCAGGUACCGUUCUUUCAUGGGCAUGUAUUUGAGAACUCGUCCCCGGGAUCCCGGGUCAACGGAUUGAGCGUCCCGUUAAAACGGUUGAACUCUAACAGGCUGUGCGGUCCCGGGGACUCUGGAUCAGCGGCAACACAUUUUAAACUCCUGGGAGACGGGAGCGAGAGUUUCCGUGUCUUUGCGCACCACAACCGGGGGCAUAUUUUGUUGAAGACUUCUGGGGUCCUGGACCGGGAGGAGCGGGCUGGAUACGCACUGGUUCUUGGAUUGUGUUGCGGGCAAUGUGCGGGACCUUCCCGGGACGGUGAAGAAGUGUCUCCGGUGGUCGCAGAGGUGGCGUCCUUCAAGGUGGAUGUCCUGGACACCAACGACCAUAAGCCCACCUUCCCCGGUGCCGAUGUGAAACUGAGUCUAGAUGAUGCCACUGCGCUCCGCACGGCCAUCUACACUGUCAGCGCGCGGGAUGAUGACAGUGGAAAGAACGCGGAGCUCAUUUACUUCGCACUGCCAAAAAACGGGAGUUUCUACGCGGUGCCCAAAACUGGACAAAUUCUCCUGGUGGACUCUAUCCUUGGUCUGGACGAAACCAUUAAGUUCGAAGUGUUUGCCCGGGACCGUGGGUGGCCACCUCGCACGAGCCAGGGCAUAGUCAUAGAGAUCAAUCCAAGGCAGUGGCCCGUGUCGAGCCCCCAAACAGCAAAAAGAAAACCUGCAUCGCAAAUUAAAGUGCUUGAGCGAAAGUCCAGGUCACUACUGGAACCAGACAGCCCUGUUUUCAUUAACGUUUCCGAGGAUGCAGGGAUCGGUUCUGUGGUCAUGAACCUGAACCCGGUAAGGUUUCAGACGGCAGCGUUUGAGCUCGUGGAGCCCGACGAGGAAAGCUCCCCGGUCAGCGUGAGCCGGGACAGCGGGGAUAUAGUUAUAUCACGGAGGCUGGACCGAGAGACUGAAGCGCUGGUGGAGAUCACAGUCAAAGUUCAGGAUAAGAGAGUACAGUCACUCUUCAGCCAAGGGACCUCCAUAUCAAGUCCUAGUAGAGGAGGAGGAGGAGGAUGUGACCUGCAACUCUAUCAAAAUUGUAGUUUGCUUUGUUGCUCUUUCCGGUAACAGUGUUACAUUGUCCUGACAUGGCUAUUUCAUGAUAGAGGUAUUUCAACAACAUAACAACAUAGGACCUUUAUUCUAAGAAAUAAGUCAGACUUUAAAUGUAUUUAUCAUUGAUUAAACUAAGCUUAUUCAGCCACUCUAUUGAACACGAGUCACAGUCCACUUCUUUUAAUCACUUUGGACUUAAG